UCGACAGGCCAGGAUACAUUCAAUAGAACUACUAUCUUGCGAUAGAGAGAAGAGAUUGAAGCAAGAAGUAUGGAUCCUCGAAACCUUCUCAAAAUUAUAAAUAGGCUCUCAAAAGAAGCAAAAAGGUCUCCACGAUUGUUUCGAUUCCAGUCAAAUUCUCAGCCAACUGUAAGUAAAUCAUUGGAUAUGAAAACUCUCGAGGAUAUUCCUGGACCAAAUCCAUUAUAUAACCUGCCGUAUAUUGGAAUAAUGCUUUUAAGUCAAUCACAGGGGGGACUAAAGAACUUUGAAUUUCACAAGUUUGCUGCUCAGAUGCAGAAACAGUACGGAGACAUUGUCAAAUUGCGGAUAAAAAGGAAGUGGGGAAUUUUUGUCUUUCAUCCUGACAUUGCAAAAGAGGUUCUUGAAAAGCACACAAAACUGCCAGUUACUUCCGGUGUAGAAGUGUACAAGGUUUACAGUGAGCAUAAGAAACUGUACCCUGCUUUGGGUAAUCUUCAGGGGGAGGAUUGGGCUAAACUCCGCAAACCAACGCAGGAACAAAUGCUGAGACCAGCAGCUGUGUCUGAAUACGUCAGUAUCCUUUCAGAGGUGGCAGACGACUUUGUAAGGAAACACACAAAUGGAGGACUCAUUGAAGAUUUUAAGUCUGAGAUCACGAAUUAUGUCACAGAAUGUACUGGAAUGUUGUGUUUUAACAAACGUUUAGGCUGCAUAGAAGGGGCUUCAGUUUUGGACAAUAAUCAUUUGAAUGACAUUUUUGAGGCUUGUGAUCAAGACUUGAAACGACUCGGACCGAGCUUUUACAAAUACGUAUCAACUCCUCUCUAUAGGAAAUUCGAAAGGGCAGCUGAUCAACUUUUUGGCGUAACCAAUACAGAAAUCCAAGGAGCUAUUGAUAAAUUGAAAGAUGCAGAAGAAGAAGGACGUCUGGAAGAAUAUAUCCAGGGUCCAAAUUUACUCUAUGCACUCCUGACACAUCCAAAGAUGUCCCCUGAGAUGGUCAAAAGUGUGCUACUGGAUCUUUUUCUCGCAGGUGUAGAAUCGACAUCCAAUGUGCUAUCCUUUCUUUGGUUUGAGUUGGCAAGAAACACAGACAAACAGCAGAAACUUCAUGAGGAGAUCCUUUCAGUGUGUGGUAAUAAUGGUGUUACGAAAGAAUCUUUAACAAGGAUGCCGUAUCUUAAAGCAUGUGUCAAAGAGGUCAUGAGACUUUACCCUCCAACGACGCCAGGUGUUAUUCGACGACUAGAAGAAGAUUCAUUUAUUGGAGGAUAUCAAAUACCAGCAUCUACAGAAAUAUUCGUUUUUCUUCAACACAUUUGUGGUGAUCCUAGAUUUUUUAACCAUCCAGAGGAAUUUUUGCCCGAGAGAUUUCUUCGAGAUGAAGAUCCAAAAAUUGGUGACAUAAGAAACUUAUACCCAUAUGCGACACUUCCAUUUGGAUUUGGUACCCGAAGUUGCAUUGGCCAAAGAUUUGCAGAAACAAUGAUGCACACAAUAACAGCGAAGUUUUUUCGACACCUUGAGAUAUCACUACCCUCGGGAGCCAGAGGAAAAUUAAAGAGUAGAUAUCGUUUGUUUUUAACACCAGCACAAAGGGUUCCAAUCAUAAUUCAUCCACGACUUUAAAGGUUGGAAAAAAGAAACAAUAUCAACUUCAAAUUAAUUUGCAUUUUGUACUUUUGUUGAAGCUUUUUAUUCUUACCGGUGCAAAUUAAACUGAUAUCAAAAUAUAUUGUGAAUCAUAGUCUGAUAUCAGGUGCAUGUUUAUAUUAUCCAGUAUUGUACAUAAAUGUAUAUAUUUGUACAAAUAUGCAUAAAACCAUGAUAAAUUUACUGUAUCCCUAUACAUGUAUGUGAGCUUAUUUAAAAAAAGAAA